AUGGUAUUCUAUCUUGAACGAGUUACACCGAGAGGUCAAACCAUCAUACCUUUGGUUUUUUGUAAGACCCCACAAAUUGGAGAUUGGGGUGACAGCGAUGUUGACUUGAAUGAUCCACAAGUUGUAGAGGGACACCAAGCAGAGGAAAUGGUAGAUGUGGUGUUCCCCCGAAUAACCCAUUUCGAUGAUGAUGUGGAGCGCGCAAUCUACCUUUACAUAUUUGAUCUAAACUUGUCAUCUGAUGAGAUUCUGGUAUCAGUUGGUGAUCAUGAGCAAGGCACGAGGGGAGUGUUACAGGCCCUUGCCCCAUUACAAUGGCUUAGUGGAAUUACGGGACGAUGGUACUUACCUACCGUCUUCUCU